GAAAAUGGUUAUUUUUUAUUGAAAUUGAUUUGAAUUAUUACUUUCAUAGAUAAAUCCUUAAGAAAACUUGUAUGUAUAAAUCAUUUCUUUUGUUUACAAGGUGCUCUAGAGACUCUACAUGUGUAUUUUUAGCGGCUCGCGCUGUUACGUCAUGCGAGAAUCUCGUUGUAGCUAUUCAACAAUGGCCGCCGAAAUGAUGCUGAUCUAGCAGUGACUUGUAAAAAUCGGCGAUUUUAUUACCAAUGCAGAUGACGGACCAAAACCUUUUUUUAGAUGAAAUUAGUCCGAGUAUGGAGAAGACUGAGCACAGUUUAAUAACAAGUACAGAUACGGAAAGUAUGUUACAGACCACAGAAGAGAAUUUACACAAGGCUGACACGCUUUGUAAUACUGUUAAAGAGAAAAGUUUUAACUGUAAUGUUUGCAGCUACACAAGUAAUAGGAGCAGUGCCCUUAAGAGACAUAUGGCUAUACAUACUGAAGAGAAAUGCUGUAAAUGUACUAUCUGCGAUUAUGUGGGCAAGCACAGUGAUAAUUUGAGGAGGCAUAUGAGAACUCAUUCAGGGGAGAAACGAUUAAAAUGUGCUGUUUGCGAUUAUGCAUGUAAUUCAAACAGUAACCUGAGAACACAUAUGAGAAUACAUACUGGAGAGAAAUGCUUUAAAUGUUAUUUUUGUGAUUAUGCUUGUAACUCGAGCAGUAAUCGAAAAACACAUAUGAGAAUACAUACUGGAGAGAAAAGCUUUAAAUGUGAGGCUUGUGACUAUGCUUGUAAUUCAAGCAGUAAUUUGAAGAGACAUAUGAGAGUACAUACAGAAGAGAAAGACAAUAAGUGUUAUUUUUGUGAUUAUGCAAGUAAUCACGGUGGUGAUCUAAAAAAACAUAUGAGAAUACAUACGGGAGAGAAAUGCUUUAAAUGUGACAUCUGUGGCUAUGCAUGUAGCCAAAGUGGUUAUAUGAAGACACACAUGAGGAUACAUACUGGAGAAAGGCGGUUUAUCUGCGAUGUUUGUGGCCAUGCGUUUAAUUCAAGCAGUAAUCUGAAAAGACAUUUGACAACGCAUACAGGAGAGAAAGGCUUUAAAUGUGUUUUUUGUGAUUAUGCAUGUAAUACAAGCAGUUAUCUGAAGACACAUAUGACAAUACAUACAGGAGAAAAACAUUUUAAAUGUGAUGUUUGUGAUUACGCUUGUAAUGCAAGCAGUAAUCUGAAGACACAUAUGAAGAAACAUGAGAGAAAAACGCUUGCAAUGUGAUGCUUUUGAUUAUGCAUUUUAUAAUUAUAAUGUUGUAAAAGACAGGACAUGACUGUUGGUAUGGGCAACAAUUUGGCAAGGAAAAGGUACUUUUGAAUACUGCUUUUAGAAAGUAAACUUCAAUAUUCAGCCAGCAGAAAGCAGAUGUUACCGGCGAAAUUUGCCAGUUGGAAAAAAGUUCUUGACAAAAUUUAUGAGACCAGUUUAGAACUACAAUAAUCAAGUGAAUAAGAAUUGGUGCAAUGAUAACUUACUUGCAUGUGAUUGAUUUCUCAAUAUUUGUAUAGUGUUCUUGUGGGUUCUUACAUGGUAUUAUCUUAUAGUCAUUGGACUAGAAAGACACAAGUCACCUUGAUUGUUACUGAAUCUAUUCUAAUUCUAAAAUUCAACAGCAUACAAUUAUAUUGGUAUCAGAGAAUCAGUUACAGUAGGCGUGACUUAUUAUAGCAGGGGGCAGCUUGCUGACCAAUAGUCUUAAUACAUUACAUCCACCUUUACCUGAGAAAUAAAUGUGUUAUCAAUCUAUCAAGUUCACAGAAAGUUGAAUCUGGCUGAAAUAAAAACAAGGUAAUCAUUCCAAAUCAUGCUUGAUGUUUAGGCAAGUUAUAAAAUAAUCAUUAGUUCAGAUACUGUGAACAUUUUUCUAAAGCAAUAAAUUUCACUUAGAUACAAAUUACACGGAACUGUCCUAAGGUAAUGAGAUGAAUGUUCAUGCCUGCAGAGGUGUGGAAAUCCCAAUAUUUUUCACUUGUCCACGGACAAAAAUCUACUUGUCCGCAGUCAAAACUUACUUGCCCAGAUUUUCAACAUUUUAGCAUGCAAAUAAUUCUUUAUUUUGGACAAUAAUCUACAAGUAGUAACAAAAGCAAACAUAAUAAAGUGUAAUAAUGUAGCUGUUUCAAAAAAUAAGCUUUCGACGCUUUAGCUUGUGUUCAUCCGUGAGGCCAUCGAACAUUUGCCAUGCAAAGCCAUGUGAGAAAGCAUGAAACUUUCUGACUCGUACUAGCGAGCUCUUUGUGCUUUAACUGUUGACUUCAAUUCAUGUUGGCAGACCAAGUUGUAAAACCAAUUUGUACAAAACUUUGUGAUAAUUGUUUACGUUGCAAAAAUCACGCGAGAUCGUGACAGGGAACCAAUCAGAACGCAGAGAAAGAGAUACUAAAUUUAGACACAGUAUGGUUUUCCCAAACCUUGAGAAAUCGAGAGGCCCUCAGCGGGUGAAACAUCCGUUUUGUACGUCAGAUUCUUUCAUAAACUCCAUAAACAUGAUAAACUUGAAGCACUG